CCGCGACAUUGGUUGACCCGCGGCACUUCCAUCACCACCGCGACCAUACUUCGCCGCCUCACCCACAUGCUGCUCUCCGCGACACCCGAAGGGCUCACGCGCGCAGGAGAAUCACUGCGUCAAGGCCGCCUCGUUGCGUUUCCCACGGAAACGGUGUACGGACUGGGCGCGAAUGCAUUUGACGCCAAAGCUCUGUUGAGCAUCUUCGAAGCCAAAGGCCGACCUCUCACAGACCCACUCAUCGUUCAUGUGCCCACAGUAGAUGACGCGCUGGCGCUGGUCGAGCUGGACGCUAAGGGCACUGAGAUGUUUCAGACACUAGCCACGGCCUUUUGGCCUGGGCCACUCACACUCAUCGCGCCGGCCAUCGCUUCGUUGCCGCGGGAAGUGUCAGCCAACACGGGCUUUGUCGGGUUGCGCAUUCCCAACCACCCAAUUGCCCAAGCCUUGCUCCACGAAGCCAGAGUGCCCGUGGCCGCCCCCAGCGCCAAUCGUUUUGGCCACGUCAGUCCCACCACCGCCCAGCAUGUGAUCGACGACUUGGGAACGUACCAUGGAGGGUUGCAGGUCAUCAACAAUGUCGGCCAUCCAUGCUGCCAAGUGGGGAUUGAAUCAACGGUGGCUAAACUGGUCCCAGAUCAGAAUCAGCUGCUCGUGUUCCGCCGCGGCGGGGUAUCCGAAGCCGCGUUGCACGACGUCCUCAACGUCCAGCGAGGCCUCGACAUCGCCAUCGUGUACGCACAAAAGGUAGUGGCCGACCACUCGACCCAAAACCAAGUCGCCCCCGGCCAACUGCUCACGCAUUAUGCCCCCGACGUGCCCACGUUUAUGGUCAACUCGAUUCCCACGCCCACCACCACCCCCAACCCCUCGGACAUCCACACGUGGGUGAUCAUCGACUUCAACCGACGGCUGCGAGCGCUGCAGCCCAUGGUUGCGGCCUACCUUGACCUGUCUCCCCUAGGAUCUAUCGCCGACGCCGCCCACCACGUGUUUGACGCCUUGCGUUGGGCCGAGCAAGUGCCCCAUGCAACGCGGAUUCUGAUUCCAGACGUAUCUGCCGUGCCCCAAGAACACGCCGCCGCCCUCCACGACCGCUUAUUUCGUGCGUCGUCGGGCAAGCGCACCUCGUUUUAACGACACUGUGCAUUACUCCUAUUAUCGUACUACUUACGAGUCCAAAUCCUGCACGUACAGCAGCGCUUGCGGGGCCAGUCCCUACAGGAAUGAUCACCGCACAAUGAGUUCGUUGUAGUAGUCAUACUAGUAGCAGACUAGUAAUACUAGCCAACGUACGGCAUCUUGAAGGGUCACGUGG